AUGGCCUUUGUCCAGCCCGGCUGCCCGUCUAGGUUCGCCUACCAGAAUGAGCAUCGUGUCAAAGGGCUCAACGCAGAAACCCUAGCGAGGGUCUUCCUUCCAACGCCCUCAUGGCUGUCGACUCCAGAGUAUGCAGCAAUCCGGUCAGAUCCUGACAAUCCAUCGACCUGCAUCUUCUUGAGCCUUAAUAUUUCCAUAUACAACCAACAGAUAAUCCCCUCGGAAUGGACCGAGCAGUGGUUCUUUAUGGUCGGCCGUGUUCAUCCCUUUGCCCUGACGUGGGAAAUCGAGCGACGUGAUAGCUUCGAGUCGGAGGAUGACAACAUUACAGAAUACACCAUCCCGGCUCUCAUCGUCCGCGACCACAGCUACCAGCCAGUCAUCCCUCGCACCCUCGGCUCGGCGGAUGCCUUCCCAGCGAUACAACCCAUUGUCUCCUUCACGGGACCUGUCAUCGGUUCCGGCCGCGACCUUCUGCAUGGAAACUCGGCUGCGGCCCUUGACGACACCCAGCUGAGCUGUUGCGGCUUUGUCCAGCUCUCGACCUUUAUCUGUCCUGGGAUUCCGGGCAAACACCCUUCAAGGGCUUUCAUCCCUUUCAACUUUUCGUCAUCUUCCCAUUCACGCCAAUCCUUGGACCUCCUAUGCAAGAAGAUGACCGAGAGGCGCGAUAGCCAGUUCCAGCCGAACGCUCUCCUCACCUGCACGGGCAAAAUCGCCGGCUUACUCGAUCACCAGAUCAUGACACAUGCCCCGGCCUUCGAGCAAGACUAUAUCUUCAUCGUCGUCCCCGAUACAUGGACUUUCCUUGACAGGGCCAUGUCCAACCAGGCUUCUGCGACACAGCUACUGCCGACGACACCCAAGGGCUCAGUCGGCAACCCUCGGACUAUAGCGAUGCGUUGGCCAGGUUUACCUCUACCAAAAACGCAAUGCCGCCCCAAGCGGCGCCUCCCCACGCCGCCUGCAUCUAGAGACCGCGACUUUCUCCAGAAAUUUCCACCAUAG